AUGAGUUUGCUGUUUGGCACGACUGCGAAUUCUGUAUCGCCGCCAGACGGUCGAGGCCACCUCAGCCAUCGAGUUGACGGUCCCCUCCUCGAUCCAAAACGUACGACAGAUGCAGUGCGCGCACCAAAAACGAACGUUUGGCGUGACCUUAGCGAAGAAGAAGUCCACAACGUGACUCACUGGCUUCUCGGUCAGCGAGACCUCAAUCUGACCGACCCUCAGUCAGCAGGGCCGUGGUCUAAUACCAUUCUCUUUGCUGAGCUCAACAUUCCCAACAAAACGGCUGUUCUUCCGUACUUGGACAGAAAUUCCAAAGAAAGUCCUCCUCAGAGAUACGCACGUGUUGUCACCACUCGCCGAGCAACUGCAGAAGCCUACUGGCAAGAGCUUGUCGUUGGUCCCUUGCCUAUAAGUGCCCAAACGACUGUCCAGCCUCUCCAAUACCUCUUAACCCGCAAAACAGAUGGCAUGAUCCGUUGGCUUGACCCGGAUGCCCACGGUGCCUUGGAAAAGGAGUUCCUGUACAAGGUGUCUGCUUCUGUUGCAGAUAUUACUCAGGAGCUUUGCGGAGGCGUCGCCAUUGGGCAGGAUAAUGACUCGCUGGCCCUUGUUGGACUCACAACUCCUUACCAGGAAGAUACCGACGGAGUCAUAGUUCGAUGGGACGAGUUCAAAAGAAAGCCAUCGGAUCAAUUUGAUGCCCAGACGCUACUCCCUCUGGGCCUAUUCCUCAAGACCGACGUGACUGGGCGUGAUUCGAGCAAGUGGCGCGUCAUGGGAUGGUACUACAACGACAUUUUCUACGCUGACACCAACGCAUUUCGAGCUGCAUACCAAAGCCCCAAUUUUCAACGAUUGGAGCCAAAUGUGGAAGGUGACUGGGCUCGGACGGAUCGUCAAGGGCCACCACUACGGCACGACCUAUUGCAACCGCCCAAUAUGCUGCAUCCUAAUGGGCAGACACGCUUCUCGGUGGACAAUGAACAGCAGUAUGUGGAGUGGAUGGACUUCAGCUUUUACAUCGGAUUCUCGCAUGAUACUGGUAUGUCGCUGUACGACAUUCGGUACCGAGGUCAACGGGUGUUGUAUGAGCUGGGCUUGCAGGAGAUCCUAGUACACUACGCAGGAUCCGGCCCAUACGAAUCAGGCCAUGUUUCUCAUGACUCGCAUGUUGGCAUUGGUCGAUAUGCACUUCGUCUGGUACCUGGCUAUGACUGUCCUUCAUACGCAACAUUCAUGGACACGCGAAGCCAUUCCGGAGGUGGAACCAACGGCCGACGCAAUUCCAUCUGCAUCUUUGAGUACAUGGCGGACUCGCCAAUCCAGCGACAUACGGCCUUCACUUACUUGUCUAUCACGAACAACGUUUAUCUAACUGUCAGAACGGUGAGCACCAUAGCCGAUUAUGACUAUGUUAUCAGCUACAAAUUCUACAUGGACGGAUCCAUUGGGGUGGAAACGGAGGCUUCAGGAUACAUAAUCGCAGCCCAUCGAGCUCACAACCAGGACUACGGAUAUAACAUUCACGACCAUCUGUCAGGUUCCAUGCACGAACAUGUCAUCAACUUUAAAGCAGACUUUGAUAUCUUAGGGACUCGAAAUACGGUUCGAAUUGUGCGGAACGUCCCGGUCAAGCAACUAUAUCCCUGGUCCAACGGGAAAACGCGGAGCACGAUGCAGCUCCAGCGGUCAUUCAUCAUCAAUGAGGAUGACGGCCGCUUGAAUUGGGAUGACAGCACGGCUCAGAAGCAAUUGGUGAUUGUUAACCAAGACGCUGUUAACGAGUAUGGUGAAAUGCGCGGCUACCAGCUUGUCCCGGGGCAGCCAGCAGCGGCACUUCACUCCCGGCUUACGGCCGUGAACACCCAGCAUGACACGGAGCCAAGAUCAGCGUACCCUUUCAACGCCCAUGACCUCUUCAAUCCCCCAAUCGACUUCGACCGGUUCUUCGAUGGUGAGGACCUCAAUCAGACAGACCUCGUCGUAUGGUUCAACUUGGGCAUGUAUCAUCUACCGCACUCUGGUGAUCUUCCCAAUACUCUUACCACCACAGCCCAUGCGGGUGUGAAGAUUGUACCAGUCAACUUUUUCUCAUUGGAUCAGACCCGCCGCACGGUGAACCAGGUCCGGAUGGAUUUUGGAAAAGGGAAAGUGUCCCAUGUGGAGACGUUCGGACGGUCGAUGAACCUUACUGAAUCAAUGGGAGGGAAUGGGUGCUGUUGGAUGAACGACCAGGUUUCGUUGGCCGAACUGUACAACUAUGACGGCCCGGUAGAUAAUUAG